AUGAAAGCCGCUGCGAUGACGGUGCUUGAUGGCACCAACGAAGGGCUCGUGCUAGCAUUGUUACGACACGACGCCGAUGUGUUUGCGCGCGACCGAAAGGGCAAGACCGCACUCGAGUGGGCUCGACUAACCAACAACACGGGCGCCAGUCGGCACUUGGAGAUGGCGAUCCAGGCGCACAUUUACGCCCGCCGAAUAGCCGACGCAGACGAAAACAGAGUGACGAAGCAUGCCCAUGUACUGGAACGGCACGCGCAGCUGUGUAAGGACAUGCAGACUGCCGUCGCGGCCAACAACGUGGUGCAGAUUCGUGCGUUGAUUCAGCAAGCCACCGACGACGGCAUGAGUGCGGACGUGUUCCGUGAGGCUGCCACGUCACACUCGCGGUACUUCUUGGACGUGGAAACCAGUGCCGGGUGGUCAGCUCUCACGAAAGCGGCGUCUGUGGGCGACCUCCCGACCAUCGAGUUGUUGGUGCAGCAUGGAGCGGAUGUGAACUUGGAGACGAAGCUCCGGCACACGGCGCUGACGUGGGCGGCGUACUGCGGACACAAGGACGUGGUGCAGUUCCUCCUUCAGAAUCAAAGGGCAGACUGGCGGCAGGGCACGUCCGAGGGCAAGACAGCGCUCAUCCAUGCUAGUCGGAACGGCCAACACGUCGUGGUGGGUAUAUUAGUGGCCGUUCUGCACGAGUGGAGUGUCGGGUGCAGCAGCGCGAACCGUGCCAAGCAAGACUACGCUGGCGAUCACCCCAAGGCCCCCCCCGAGUGGCACAGUGUAUUUCUAGAUGCGCUGCACACAACGGACAAGGCUGGAAUGGAUGCGAUGGGGUAUGCCAAGGCGGAAGGCCAUGCGCAAGUUGUGUCGGUGUUGCAGACAGCCAUAAACAACGCCCAGAAUCACCUCGAUCAUGUGGAGACACUCAAAGCCAAGACGGCCGACGUCGCUUGCAAUCUCGGCUGUGGCUUCCACCACGCUAAAGACUUGAUUGGGUACCAUCAAGACAACAAAUGUCCACAUCGAAUGGUUGAGUGCGAAUUCUGCAAUGCGAAAACGAUGGAUAUGGAUAUGGACGAACAUAAGCGGAGGACUUGUCCUGGUCGUCAAGUCACCUGCGUCCACUUGCAAUACGGGUGCACAGUGACGUUGCCAUGGCGGGACAUGCAACUCCACCAAGUGGAGCACUGCCAGUAUCGUCAAGUGGAGUGUCGGUUAGACUGCGGCACCAAAUCUCUUCGUUGGAACACUCGGGAUACCCACGAAGCCCACGACUGCCCCCUUCGAAGUGUGCGGUGUCCGCAGUGUCACAUCGACGUGCUCGGCCGCGACAUUCGACCUCAUCAUCGGAAUCACUGCUCCAAGCGGAUUGUUUCCUGUGAGUUCUACGGUGGAUGCGGCGACAGCCAUCCGUUCGAUGAGACAGAGUUUCACAGAAACUUUCUGUGCAACUUGCGGCCGCGGCCGUGCCGGUGGGCGGGUCACGGGUGCGACGCCGUCCUCGGUCCGCCACAGGUCCUGCAGGCGCACGAGGCCACGACUUGCGCGUUUCGACUCGUGCGGUGCAAGAACAACUGUGCCGUCGACUCGCUGAUGUGGUGCUUUGCAACACAGCAUUAUUUGUGGGACUGCCCCAAGGAAAUGAAAGCUUGUCCGCUGGGCUGCCACGUCACCAUGGAAAGUCAAUACGUGUACGGGCACCAAGAACCCAACUGCGGGUUUUGUCCCCAUCGCCAAGCCCGGUGUAAUUCAGAUUUAUGCGGGAAAAAGGUGCUCAUGUUUGGUCAGUCCGACGCCAGUGUGGGUGUGCGGUCAGACGACGUGUCGGGUGUGGGGAUGGCGUUGACUCUGGAAGGGGCUCAGCUUCGAACCCGCCGGCUAGAAACGUUCUUAGCGACGGAAAUGGACGCGGCCCAGCUGCCACCACUGGCCCUUCCGUUUCUAAGGCGAUGGCUGAGUACUCGGUUGAAGGACAUGGUUGAAGCACUAGCCAAGUUGCACGUCGAGUCGACGCAGCUGGGGCUGGUGGUGCGCUACGAUCAGACAACGGACUGCCACCUCCUCAGCGUCCAAGGCGCCUGUACUUGGGUGAACCUGAACCACACGUACUUUGCAGAAGACGCCAGCCAACCAAACGACUGGAAGUGCGGGUGGCUCACAGCGGACAGUCGGAACCAGCACCAGGACAACUCAUGUCCCCUCAAAGUCGUGCCGUGUCCUCUGGGAUGUGGACAGAUGUCCCAGAAGUUCCAAAUCGAUAGCCAUGUAAAAGAUCGCUGCAUCAAGCGGACGUUGGCGUGUCGGCUCGGUUGCGGGUUGUCUAUGAGUGUCGAAGGCUUGCUAGCUCACGAACAAACCCAAUGUCCGCUGAGCCACCAGUUCUGUCCGCAUUGCCACGAGAGUUUGCUGGAAAAAGAGGUCGAGAACCACGUCGCGUUCAAGUGCUGUAAGUACCCGCGGCCGUGCCGGUUAACCUGUGGCGCCAGGCUAUCGUCCAGUGAUUUUGUCCAGCACGAGACAACAGACUGUCCUAAACGAUUAGUGCGUUGUAUCGACUGCAAUAAAGUCGUCUUCUUUCAAGAACUACAGGGACACGUGGCAGACGAGUGCCCUUGUCGUCCCAGCGGCGCCUGCGACCUCGGCUGUGGCCUGUUGUUACGAGUAAACCAAGUGCAAGUUCACUUGAGUACGGAAUGUCCUCUGAGGUGCGUGGAGUGUCCGCAAUGCCAGUCGACUGCCGUCCGCGUGUCAGAAUUCACACAUCACAUCAAGUUCAUGUGUCCGGAGCGGCAGCUGUUUUGCCAGAAAGGGUGCGGCGCCAGCCUCCGCGAGUCGCAACUCGACACCCACGAGGCGCUGGACUGCGCGCACCGUCCGGUCGUGUGUCCGCUCCGGUGUGCGAUCAACUGUGCGGCAUCGACGCUCCAGCGACACCUCCAAACGGACUGUCCUCGGCGGUUAGUUUCGUGUCCGAAUCGGUGUGGGGCUCGCGUCCCCGCGGUGGAGCUGCCUACGCAUCUCCGCAACUGCGACCACCGGAUGGUGCGCUGCGGCGCCGGCAGCUCCCUCUGCGCCCGCCCCCUCAAGGCGUGGAUCACCCCUCAGACGUCGUUAGAUCGAUGCUUUGCACACCACGAACAUGGCUUCAUGUGGGCUCUCAAGACGUCCGACGUGGACACAAUCUUGACGUUUUUACAUCGCAUUCACAAGUCUGCCCUGGACGAGGAGUUCACCACGGGCUUCACCCCGCUCGCUCUCGCGUGUUCGAAGGGGGACACCCCCCUCGUCCGGAUCCUGCUCCACCAUGGCGCCGACGUCAACCUCGAGACGUCCCGAGGCCGGACGCCGCUGGGUGAAGCCUGCCUCGGCCGACAUGUCGACGUCGUCGAGUUGUUGCUGAGAUAUCGGGCAGUAGUCCAGCACACCAACCGCCACGGACUUACAACCAUCAGCAUCGCGCGUCAAAUGGCUCAUGACGGGAUCUUGGCGGUGCUGGACAAACGCCAUCAACUCGAACUGACACAACGGAGGCUGUUUGUCGCGAUUGCAACCUCUAACUAUGCCGACAUUGAGACGAUAAUAGCCGGGGGGGAGAUGGCGUACAGGGAGAACCACGCGUGGCACCUCGGGCGGGAGCUGACGGCGAGUUUGGCGGUGCUGGAUGACAUCCGGACGCAACUGACCGACCACAUGAACGCGAUGAACGUAUCGAUCGCGGAUUCAGAAGCCAAACAGAUGAAGGUGGUCAAGAUUCUAGACUCGGUCGAGUACAACAAGGCACAGCUGGAGCACGUCCAGAAGAAGGAGGCGAAAGUCGAGGCCUUUCGACAAGUGACGGAGCUCACGGUGAAGCGCGCCAUUCAAGCCAUCACGGCGCAGGAUAUCCUGGGGCUGAUCAGUCAGACGGAGCCCUCGCCAGGUCUUCUGGUCGUGUUAAAGGCCAUGGCGCUGUUCAACGGCGUGAUCCCCAAAGUGAAAAGAGGGACGGACGUGAAUGGCUUCUCCGACAAGGAAUGGUGGGAAACGUCCCAAGCCAUGCUCAUGGACCGCCAAUUCCUUGGGAAAUUGGUGAAUUUCCGAGAUUUGGACGUCCCCCCGGACGUUCUCUUCAAGGUCCGCCGCGAAUGCCUCAAGCACGACGCGUUCCCGACCGUGGCCGAGUUUGAACCCGAAGCGGCGUCAGAACCCCGAAACCCCGGAACCCCCAACCCCCUAGCGAAAUCGCUUCCGUUGGUCCGUCGCGUGAAGAACGACAUGACGCCGUUUCUAGCGCUAAGUACGUGGGUGCGGGGCGUGGAAGUGAACCAAAAGUCCAAAGCUGAAGCGAAACUCCUGGACGAAAAGAAGGCCGUUGUCCAGACCGACCUCGCGACGUUGGACGGGGAGCUCAAAAAUGCAAAGUUUGACAUGAAGACGGCGCAUCGGUCGCUUCCGUCUAGACAACAAGAGCUCGAUCGUAUCGUUGCUCUGGAAGUUAAAGCCGCCGCCGACACCAAACUCAAGCAACGCCGAGUGGACGUGUGCGAGUUGCUCGCAUUCACGAGCUUGAAUGGCCACACGCCGCUCACGUUCGCCGCAUCCAUCGGCAACGAGCGCGCCGUGCGCCUUUUGCUAAACCGCGGCGCCAACGGCAGCUACUCGGACGAAGAGCAACGGCUGGCGGCGAAAAUUCUGCAAAACGCGAUGCGCCACUAUGUCCACCAUAUCAAGUUGACGGGGGAGCUGGCCACGUUGUCUGGCAUAACCGGGUUCUUGUCAUUGAAGCCAUUAACUCAACAAUUCAGGCGGUACAGGCAGUGCUCCCGCGUAGCCCUGCACGAAGCUGCCUACAACGGGCACCACGAAGUACUGGAGCUGUUGGUCGAGGCUGGCCGUGCAAAGCUGUGGCAACCGAGCUACGUCGACCCGAUCGCCGCCUGUCCAGGCCAACUGGCGUCUCAGCCGCGCCACGUUGUGGGCAACGGCAUGGGUGUGUGGAAGCUCCAGUUCCGGACGGCUCCGCUGACGCUGCCGGACGCGGUCAGGCUCGGGGAAGCGAGGCUUCGACGUGCGGUGUUCCGGCCCAAGACAGGAUGGGAUAGCACGUCCAGUAUUCUUUUGAAGGCGUCGGCCAAGUGCCAACAAGACAAGCGGACUGAGCAGCUGACUCGCAAGACGAUUCUGAGGCGCACAGCCAAUCAGAACCUCUUGCAUGGACGUCUGGAGAUAGCCAUCCAAGCCAAGAAGUAUGCGGAAGCGUAUGCUUUGCUGGACGACGGAGCAUUCCCGGGCCAUGCGACUCCGGGGGGGCUCACUGUGCUGAGCCAGGCAUGCACGGAAGAAGUGUAUCUAGUCAACGCGGAUGGCGACACGGUUUUGGCUGUCGACUACUUUUUGGAUCGAAGCAGCAACCGCCCGUCGCCCAACUUCGAAAGCUUCAGCACUUUCAACGGGUCUCCUUCGUCAUCGUUCUUGCCUCUGGUGGUCGCGGCGCAUUACGGCACUGUGCGCUGCGGUCGUAGUCUGGUCAGUCGCGGUGCGGAUGUGAAUGCGCGCACCACGACAACCGGCACAUCGGCGUUGAUCACGGCCGUGCGCAACAACAAGGACGAGUUCGUCCAAUUCUUGCUGUCACAUGGCGCCAACGUCCACGUCAAGGACAUCCAUGGCCACACAGCGCUGGCGUACGCCGCUGCCAACAACAACGAGGUGGUGUGUGCGAUGCUGUCGCAGGCGGCCGCCGAGGUUCGGCAGACGCUGCUGCUUCUCGGCAAGUCGACGGAAUUCGGGCUCUGUCGGUGGGGCUGCGGGUUCGUGGGGCUUCGAGACGACCCCGUUGUUGAACACGGCCACAUCGUUCGACUGAUGCAUCCGCUGACCGCCCACGAAGCCGCCGUGUGCCCCAAGCGAGUCGUGAAAUGUCCGCACGGCUGCGGCGCCGUCGACCUCUGGAGCGAGGAGGUGCCAGCCCAUGUUGAGGCCACGUGUCCGUUGCGCCAGGUGCCGUGCGCGAACCCCAAGUGCUCCGACAUCCUCCCAUUCAACCGUCUCCAGACCCAUGAAUGUCAAGAAUGCCCACAUCGCACCGUAGCCUGCUCGGCCUGUGGAGAGACCUCCCUGGCGUACAAGCUACCCAAACAUCAAGCCGCGCACUGUCGCCUGCGGUCCACAUCUUGUCCUGCUUGUGGGGAUACCUUACCAGCCAUGGACUUGUCCAGACACCAGAAAUUCGACUGUGUCUGUCGGCAGGUGCGGUGUCGGCUCGGCUGCGGGUUUGUCGAAAGCCGACUCCGCGCCCACCACGAGCUGUCGGACUGCAUCAUGCGAUCGAUUCCGUGUGUGUUUGGGUGCGAAGGCGGCACGACGCCGGAACGCCAAGCCGCGCACGAACUCGAGUGCGAACUUCGCACUGUCGGGUGUCCCAACCGUUGCGGUGUCCGGACAGACGGGGGGCCUCUCCGGGCCCGCGACAUCGUUUCGCACGUCCAAAACGACUGUCCUCACCGAUUUGUAGCGUGCGAGUUGGGGUGCGGCAAGAAGGUCCGCGCGGUGGACCUGCCAAGCCACACCGCGUCGACGUGUACGCUCCGGCUGGUGGAGUGUCCAAGGUGCCAGAAACAAAUGACCGCCGACGAGCUGGACUCCCGCCAUCCCGACUGCCGAGCCCGGAUCGUGCCGUGCGGGGCGUGCGGCCUGGGCGGGAUCGUCGCCGAGCACUUGGACAGACACAAGGCGGACGAGUGUAAGAUGCGACUG